AUGGCUCACCCUCUAAAUCUACGAACCUGUUCUUCGAUCUCGCUGGCCACACUCCUGAUCUUCAUCUCGCUUGCCUCUCUCUGCAAUGGCUUCUACCUCCCCGGUAGCUACAUGAAGACUUACGCCCCGGCCGAAAAGAUAAACGUGAAGGUCAAUUCCCUAACCUCCAUCGAAACCGAGCUGCCCUUCGACUACUACAGCCUCCCCUACUGCAAGCCCCCCAAGGGAGUCAAGAAGAGCGCAGAGAAUCUGGGCGAGCUCCUCAUGGGAGACCAGAUCGACAACUCCCCCUACAGAUUCCGUGUCAACAUGAACGAGUCUGUGUAUCUCUGCACCACCACGCCAUUGACGGAGCACGAGGUGAAGCUUCUGAAGCAGAGGACCCGCGAUCUGUACCAGGUGAACAUGAUCCUGGACAAUCUGCCCGCCAUGAGGUUCACCAAGCAGAACGAUGUCACCAUCCAGUGGACUGGAUUCCCCGUGGGGUACACCGAGAGCAGCAACAAGGAGGACUACAUCAUCAAUCACCUCAAGUUCAAGGUCUACGUCCAUAAGUACGACGGGAGCGGCCUUCAGAUCAUCAGCACCGGCGAGGAGGGCAUGGGAGUGGUCCCAGAGGCCGACAAGAGUAUCUCUGGUUAUCAGAUCGUCAAAUUCGAGGUCUACCCCUGCAGCAUCAAGCACGACCCAGAAGCCCUCUCGAAGCACAACAUGUACGAUCCAGUGCUACCCCAGGAUUGCUACUCGGGUCCGGAGAAAUCUCAGAUCAUCCGCGAGCACGAGCGGAUCUCCUUCACCUACGACGUGGUCUUCGUGCCCAGCGACAUCAAGUGGCCCUCGAGAUGGGACGCGUACCUGAAGAUGGAGGGGGCCCGAGUGCACUGGUUCUCCAUCAUGAACUCCCUGAUGGUCAUCUUCUUCCUCGCCGGCAUCGUCUUCGUGAUAUUCCUGCGCACGGUGCGGAGGGACCUGACCAAGUACGAGGAGCUGGACAAGGAAGCGCAGGCCCAGAUGAACGAGGAGCUCUCCGGGUGGAAGCUCGUUGUCGGUGAUGUCUUCCGCGAGCCGCCGCUGCCGAAGCUUCUCUGCGUCAUGAUUGGAGAUGGGGUCCAGAUCGCGGGAAUGGCGGUGGUCACCAUCGUCUUCGCCGCCCUCGGCUUCAUGUCCCCUGCUUCUCGUGGAAUGCUCCUGACGGGGAUGAUCAUCCUCUACCUCUUCCUCGGCAUCGUUUCCGGAUACUUCAGCGUCAGGCUCUGGAUCACCAUCAAAGGCACUUCCGAAGGUUGGAGGUCAGUUUCCUGGUCCACCGCCGGCUUCUUCCCUGGUAUCGCCUUCGUCAUCCUCACCAUCCUCAACUUCCUCCUCUGGGGGAGCGGAAGCUCUGGUGCCAUCCCCAUCUCGCUCUUCUUCCUCCUCCUGGCCCUGUGGUUCUGCAUCUCCGUCCCCCUCACCCUGCUCGGGGGCCUGUUCGGCACUCGAGCAGAGCCCAUCCAGUUCCCUGUGAGGACCAACCAGAUCCCCAGAGAGAUCCCGGAGAGGAAGUACCCUUCAUGGCUGCUGGUCCUCGGAGCGGGGACCCUCCCCUUUGGAACCCUCUUCAUCGAGCUCUUCUUCAUCCUCUCCAGCAUCUGGCUGGGGAGGUUCUACUACGUCUUUGGUUUCCUCUUCGUCGUCCUCGUCCUGCUGGUCAUCGUCUGUGCAGAGGUCUCCGUCGUCCUCACCUACAUGCACCUCUGCGUGGAGGACUGGCGCUGGUGGUGGAAGGCCUUCUUCGCCUCUGGCUCGGUCUCCCUCUACGUCUUCCUCUACUCCAUCAACUACCUGGUUUUCGACCUCAAGAGUCUCAGCGGGCCAGUCUCCGCCACCCUCUACCUGGGCUAUUCCCUCCUCAUCGCCACAGCCAUCAUGCUCUCCACCGGCUCCAUUGGGUUCCUCACCUCCUUCUACUUCGUUCACUAUCUUUUCUCCUCCGUCAAGAUCGACUAG